AUGCACCAUACAUCAUGGUUUGCCUAUGCCACUCUUUUUAUGACGACGGUCUCAGCUUUCUAUCCCUACAAAGAGGCUUCAAAUUCAGAGGAGGAUAGUGCAGAUAUUCUUCCCCAAGCAAACAAUGUUCAAGAGCACGUUAAGGGCCAAACAACCACCAUUGAUAUAAAGAAACGACGGACAAAAUGGAACAAACGUGACAAGCAGUAUUCUGUUGCUAUAGCUUCUGAACCCACUAUACCAGAUAGCAUGGCCAUUCAUCAAGAUGGACAAGACUACUCCUACUUCUCCAGCGUCAAAAUUGGCUCCGAGGGCAAGGAGAUGUGGAUGCUCAUUGAUUCAGGCUCAGCAAAUACAUGGGUAUUUGGCGCUGAUUGCACAGCGCAGGCAUGCAGCAAACAUGACACAUUCGGCCCGAAUGACUCGGAUACAUUGAACAUCACUUCCAGGGAGUGGAGCGUAACUUAUGGCACUGGAGAAGUGGGAGGUGUUGUAGCAAGCGAUACCUUUGCCUUUGCUGGUUAUGAGGUGGAGAUCGGGUUCGGCCUGGCUUCAAAUGCAUCAAAUGAUUUCAGCACAUAUCCCAUGGAUGGUAUACUUGGCCUAGGAAGAGACUCAUCGAACAGGCUUGGAACGCCGACAUUGAUGGAUAUCAUGGCCAGUAAACGACUUCUCAAGGCCAACUUGUUCGGAGUGCACUUGUCAAGAAGUGGUGACGGCGCAAAUAACAGCCAAAUCACUUUUGGAGCCCCGGACUCGUCGAAAUUCUCCGGGAACUUGUCCUACACCGACAGCGUCUCAACCGAUGGCUUAUGGGAAAUCCCAAGCGACGGAGCUGGAGUAGAUGGCCAAAGUCUGGGGCUGACUGGCAAGACAGCAAUCAUUGACACUGGAACCUCCUACAUUCUGAUGCCUCUAAAGGACGCCCAGGCAUUACACGCGAAACUCCCAGGUAGUGAGAAUAGCAGAGAGGCCUUCACCAUCCCAUGUGAUACCAAUCUUCCAGUCCAGUUCACUUUCUCUGGCGUGACAUAUGAUGUAUCGCCGAAGGAUUACGUCGGCAAGCCUGACGAGGCAGGCAAAAUUUGUGCAAGCAAUAUCGUUGGGCAACAAUCCUUCGGGCCAGAUACCUGGCUGCUUGGUGAUGUCUUUUUGAAGAAUGUAUACACCGUAUUCGACUUCGACAAGGACCGAAUAGGAUUCGGCAUCAAGUCUGCUGCUGCUGCCCCUUCCUCAAGUUCUACUUCUCCAACAGCAACAGCGUCUGGAAUAGUGACUUCUGUAUCCUCUUCGCCAACGUCGCAAGUUGCAGCCAUGGGGUCAACGUCAGGCGGAUCUGGUACUCCCAUGGAAGGGAAGGCGACUGCAUGGUCUGCAUCGCCGCUGCCAGUCAUUUGCCUUACUGUGCUUCUCGCCAUGUCUAGGAUCUGA